ACAUAUCAUCUAGCAUACUGCAGAAAUCUAUUAAUCUUCAAAAACAUGAUUUUUUAUUAACAACGCAUAACUACAGUGUAAGCUUUGUACUGCUAAACCAGGUUAUUAAUAAUGAACUAGUGAUAAACAGCAAAAAUGUUAUGGACAAAAUGCAUUCUUAUUACAACACUGGAAACUCUCGUAUUUUAAAUAAUACUGUUGAUGGUGAUAAUAAUAACCUAGAAGAUGAUAUUGAUAGAGAAAUAAUGAUACCAGAACAUAAUAGAGACUGGCUGGAUAAGUUUUACAUGUUAUCAAGGAUAAUUAUAAUGUUCAGUAUUAUUUAUUUUUACUCUUCUCCUCUGAGAUUUAUUAUUGUUGCAUUUAUCGGAUUAUUUGUUUACUUGUGUCAUAAUAAAUUUUUUAGAGUCCAUCCUGCUGCAGGUGAUAACGGAAAUCGUAAUGUAGAAAACAAUGAAAAUCUCCCGAACAAUCCCCAAAUCAUGGAGCCAGGCAUACUAAUGAUAGCAAGAGAGCUCUUACAGCGGGCUAUAAAUACCAAUACUAACCACAGAAGAAGACCAAACAUCAUUUUGUUUGCAUGGACAUUCUUGAGUUCUUUUUUUAUUUCAUUGGUACCAGAAUAACAAAACAUUUUAUGAGAAACAUAGUUUUACACAAUUUUGCUCUCCAACAAUGUUAUUGAAAGCAAAAAAACACUCUAUCUUAAAAGUUCUUCUUCUUGUACAUCUAAAAAUGUAUAUAUCCAGCUAUAACUUACACUUUUCUGCCAAGUGUUCUAUGCUCCAUAGUAGGUAAAACAAUUGUUAAAUGCAGUGUACUAAAAAGAUUUUUCAAAUAUAAAAAAUGUGCAAUGCA